AGUUCAUUCUCAGCACAAAGAGACCCUUACACCUAGAUAUCAUGCUAUAGAGACUGUGUCUGUUCCCCGAGCUAGACAAUACAAAAGACGUCCAAACCAAUUUAAGAGUAACAAUCUAAUCAACGUUCAACAAAUAAAAAAUUUACAUAAUACAGAGAAACAAAUGAUAAAACUUGGCCUUUUGAAUAUCAGGUCCCUCUCUACAAAAGCGCUUUUUGUAAAUGAUAUGAUCAUUGAUCAUAACCUAGAUGUGCUAUGUUUGACAGAAACCUGGCUAAAAUCAGAUGAUUACAUUAUCUUAAAUGAGUCUACCCCUCAUGAUUACUGUUAUAAACAUGAGCCACGUCUAAAAGGUAAAGGGGGAGGCGUUUCUACAAUUUAUAGCAAUAUUUUUAGUGUUUCACAGAGAACGGAUUUCAAGUAUAACUCGUUUGAAGUAAUGGUGCUCCAUAUAACAUUAUCCAGAGAAACAAGUGUUAAUGAUAAAUCCCCUAUGACGUCUGUACUUGCUACUGUAUACAGGCCACCAGGGCACCAUACAGAUUUUCUUAAAGAAUUUGCUGAUUUUAUAUCUGAGCUGGUGUUAGCUACAGAUAAGGUCUUAAUAGUAGGUGACUUUAACAUCCAUGUUGAUAUUGAAAAUGAUGCACUGGCAGCUGCAUUUACAGACAUUCUAAAUUCUAUUGGAGUUAGACAACACGUGUCAGGUCCCACUCAUUGUCAAAAUCAUACUCUAGACUUAAUACUGUCACAUGGAAUUGAUGUCAAUGCCGUUGAGAUUCUGCAGCAAAGUGAUGAUAUCUCUGAUCAUUAUCUAGUCUCGUGUAUACUCCAGAUGACUAAAACUGUAAAUUCAACUCCUUAUUACAAGUAUGGUAGAACCAUCACUUCUACUACAAAAGAUUGCUUUCUAAGUAAUCUUCCUGACUUAUCUGAAUUCCUCAGCAUGUCCAAUAGCUCAGAAAAACUUGAUGAUGUAACAGAAACUAUUGACUCUCUCUUCUCGGACUGCCUGAACUGCCUGAACCGCCGAACAUUGACCAAACUUCUUGAAACACCGAACUGCUGGAACAGUUUGAAACACUCCGAUGGCUUGAACCACUUGAGAUGCUCGCAACAACAGAAACACUUCGCCAGCGCUCACCUGAGUUCACAACCCUUGACCAGCAAGUCUCUCAGCCAAACUCUGGGAGCAUCAUCCGGCAUAACUAGGCAAUCAGAGUCCAAAGACUCAUCCAGCCUUUCCAACUGUCCAAUCACCACCGAAGGCUUCCCAAAGACGUCACCCAAAGAACGACUGACAACCAACCAGAAGCGCUGUGAUUCCCUCUGCUAA